AUGGAGUGGCGAGUGACUUCCUGCCAGACCAGAAGUCCCAGCGUCUUGAUACAGCACCUUUUCGAAAUGGGCAGGUUGGACAGGACCCAGUCAAUUGUCGAUUUUUCUCGCCACUGGACAUGGGCUUGUGAAGAUCCCCGCGGCUUCGACAGCGAAGUGGCAGAGAGCAGCGAGCGGAAGUUCUUCGAGUGCCGCUGGUGGUGUAUGAGGCUGGCCAACGCGGACAAAACUCAUUUCCCAGAGAGUGAUGUCAACGACAUUGUCAGCGCGAACCUUCAAUCUAUCUUCUUGCACUGCCGCGACGUGGAUUUAUCUGUGAGGGAGCACGCGCACCGUCUUGUUGCAGACUAUGGGUUUGGUGGCCUGCCUUUCGUGCAGCAAACGAUUGCCGAAGCCAUGCUUGGCCAGAUGGAAGACCUGCUGCCGGAGUCCGCCGACAUCAGCAAAGAGGCCUUGCAGCGGGCAAUGCGGUGUGCAGAGCACAUUGCUAUCGUUGUGCGCGGAUUGACAAAGCCUCAGCGUCAGAAGUGGGUGUCCCUGCUGGUCAGAGCCCUCCAAAUCGACGAGGAAAUUGAGCACCAAUUCCAGGAGAGACUGAUUUCUGAUCUGAAGAUCCUGUGGCGAGCUGAUGACGAUCCCAGACGAAGCUAUGCAGAAGCAGAUCAGCAACUGAAGGCUUUCUCACAGCUUGCCAACAAGCGUUUGCAGAGAGAGAUCAUGAGGCUCCGCUACUGCUGA